AUGGCCUCCAAAUCCCCGGCCCCCGAGAUCAAACCCGCGAUCAUUGAUGAGGAAGAAAUAGAUAAAGGCCAAAUUGUCAAGGCUGAAAUUGAUACUACCAAGAGCGAGGAGGAGGAUGAGAAUGAGAAUGAGAAUGUCGAGUUUGACUAUGAAUCAAAUCGAUCGCCAUUCCCCGAGGUCAGGGCUGUUGUCCCCGAAACAGACGACCCAGGUCUACCAGUCAACACAGUCCGGAUGUGGCUGCUGGGAAUAAUCUUCACAAUCCUUGGCUCUGGAAUCAACCAAUUUUUCUCACUGCGCUAUCCCAGCGUGCACAUCGUAUCCCUAGUGGCGGAGCUGUUAGCCUAUCCAUGCGGCGUCUUUCUAGCAAAGACCCUCCCAACAACCCCAAUAAAACUCGGCCCAUUAGGCGCAUUUACUCUAAACCCGGAUCGCUCAUUCAACAUCAAAGAACACACAGUGAUCGUGAUCAUGAGCAAUGUCUCCUUCGGAUACGGCAGCGCAGACGCAACAAACAUCAUCCAAGCCUCAAGCAAAUCAUUCUACAACUUCGGGUUGAAAGCCGGCUUCGACGUCUUGAUCGUCCUCUGCGCUCAACUCCUCGGCUUUGGUGUUGCAGGUCUCGCAGCACCAUGGCUUGUAGAGCCAGCAAGCAUAAUCUGGCCCGGCGUGCUAUCCAACUGCGCAAUGCUAGAGACUCUGCACUCGCGCGCAAAUCAUAUAGCAGAUGGAUGGCGAAUCACCCGACUCCGCUUCUUCCUAUAUGUCACAGCCGGCGGCUUCGUCUGGUAUUUCUUCCCAGGAUUAAUGUUCACAGCCCUCAGCUACUUCACCUGGGUAUGCUGGAUCGCACCCAAGAACGUGAUAGUCAACCAGCUCUUCGGUAUGCAAACCGGUCUCGGAUUGAGUCCGAUUACCUUCGACUGGAGUCAAAUCGCUUACAAUACAAACCCACUUCUGUCACCAUCAUGGGCGGCGUUGAACGUCUUUUUCGGAUUCGCUUUCUUCUACUGGAUUGUCGUGCCGGCGCUUUACUACACGAAUGUCUGGUUCACGGCAUACCUCCCGCUCAUGACGAGUGAUGUAUACGACAAUACGGGCGCAGUAUACGACACGGCGCGAGUAAUUGCAGCCGAUAAUACCCUCAAUGUCGAUGCAUACCGCAGAUACUCCCCUCCAUUCCUAGGCGCAACCUUUGCCUUCGUGUACGGUCUAUCUUUCGCCGCAAUUACAUCGGUUCUCACGCACAUUGGUUUCUGGCAUGCGAAAGACCUCUGGGCUGCAUUGAAAGGCCGGAACAGAUUAGACGUCCACGCGCGUCUAGUCCGAGCCUCAUACCGACAAACACCGUGGUAUUGGUAUGCGGGUAUCAUAGUAGUGAUAACAGCCAUUGCCAUCGCCAUCGUUGAAGUCUACCAUACCAAACUCCCCGUCUACGGCGUAUUCCUCGCACUCAUAAUCCCGGCAGUGUACAUGGUCCCCUGCGGCAUCGUGCAAGGCAUAACGAACGUCGACGCAAACCAGUUGAACGUCUUAUCCGAGUUCAUUGGUGGAUACCUAUUCGAAGGCCGUCCGCUCGCGAAUAUGAUUUUCAAGAUUCUUUCGACGGACGUCGUUGGUCAGGGUGUUUAUUUUGCUAUGGAUAUGAAGUUGGCGCAUUAUAUGAAAGUCCCGCCUAGGACUUGUUUUGUUGCGCAGGGUGUUGCUACUAUUCUCGGGGCUCUUACUCAGACUGGGGUUACGCUUUGGAUGCUUUCUAAUAUUGCGGAUAUUUGUGAGUCUGGGCAGUCGGAUGGGUUUUCGUGUCCUAAUGGUCGCACUGUUUAUUCUUCGUCCGUUAUUUGGGGUCUUGUUGGCCCUCGGAGGUUGUAUUCUGCUGGGAGGAUUUAUUCUUCUUUGUUGCAUUUCUUUUGGAUUGGCGCUAUUGCGCCGAUUGUCACUUGGGCGUUGUAUAAGUAUACGCGUCGCGAGUUUUGGAAGUGGAUUAAUUGGCCGUUGAUCUUUGUGGGCACUUGGAAUGUUCCUCCGGCAACCGGCAUUAACUACUCCAGUUGGGCGCUUGUCAACUUCGUGUUCAACCAUGUCUUCCGUCGUCGAUACUUUGCCUGGUGGACGAAGUAUAACUAUGUCUUGGCCGCGGCUCUUGACACCGGCCUUGCUCUGAGCGGUAUAGUCAUCUUCUUCUGCAUUUCAUACCCUGGUGCUACAUUCCCAUCGUGGUGGGGAAAUACGGUGUAUCUCAAUACUGCUGACGGCGAGGGCGUGGCUUACAUGGCUAUGCCGGAGGUGGGAUACUUUGGACCUGCGAAUGGCACUUGGAGCUAG